ACUUGGUGGUUGUGCUUACACUCGCUAUCCAGAGGAGAUACCAGCGCCGAUCGCUCGCUUACGCCAUUUACCGAAGCAGGAGUAGGGAAAGAACGAAAUUAUGGCAUACGCAGCGACGAAGCUUACGAAACCUGGUUUGGAGGAACCCCAGGAGCAGACUCACCGCAUCAGGAUCACUCUUUCUUCUAAGAAUGUCAAGAAUCUCGAGAAAGUGUGUGCGGAUCUAGUCCGUGGAGCCAAGGAUAAGCGGCUGAGAGUUAAGGGUCCAGUGAGGAUGCCCACCAAAGUUCUCAACAUCACUACCCGGAAGUCCCCCUGUGGUGAAGGAACUAACACAUGGGAUAGAUUUGAGCUACGUGUACACAAGCGAGUAAUUGAUCUUGUUAGCUCUUCUGAAGUGGUGAAGCAAAUUACCUCCAUUACCAUUGAACCUGGUGUAGAGGUUGAAGUUACAAUUGCAGAUCCAUAAUUUAUAUGCUUGUCAUUGUCUUUAUUCAUUUUUGCCCCUGUCCUUGAGGUUAAUGUAGAGAGGUCUUAUCCAUGCAUCUUUCAGAUAAAAGGAUUUUUGAACCCUUUCUUGUCAUUUAAAUUGUGUGUGACUUGUUUGCAAUUUUGGAACUUC